AAUGAUUUGACCUCGUUCAAAAUGAAUAAAUAGCUCAACUCAAGAAUCGACUUAUUAUCCUCCCUCUUUUUUUCUUGUUUUCAGUAAUUUAUGAAUUUUCACUUUUGCAUUUCAGGCAGUCCAUUCAACACACCCUCCCCAAUUUUUUAAAAUAAACACCCGCUGUCUGCUGCUUAUUGUAUAAAUACACCAUGUCGAGCAACAUCACUGACGUUGAGGCCAAGCGUGCCCAGGGCUUGAAGCACAAGGACGCGGGCAACGCUUUUUUCAAGGGGAGCGACUUUACAGGCGCGCUCCGCGAGUACUACUACGCACUGCUCCAUUUGCGGGGGCUCGACUCGAACGUGAUGAAUCUGUCACGGCCCACCGAUCCGAAUACCCUCGAGGAGUCCAGAGUGACAAGCCUCGACAAGGAUCUCUCCGUAAUUAAUUCCAACAUGGCGGCAUGCCACCUGCGCCUGGAGCGGAUCCCGCGCGUGAUCGAGUGCGCCCAGGCAGCGCUCAAGGCGAACCCGUUCAAUACGAAGGCCAAGUUCAGGCUGGCGCAGGGGUACGUGCGCGAAGGGUCGCUGGAGAAGGCGCGCAAGAUCCUCGAUGAACUCGAGAAGAAUGCGCCCACGGACAAGGCGUUUGCCAACGAGCGCAAACACAUUGUGGAGAUGGAGAAGAAGGCCGACCAGAAGCAGCGCGAGACGCUGGCUGGCAUGUUCAACCGCGCAAAGAACUAAACCAGGGGCAUUGUGUGCAAAGCUCCCCCCUGUCCCCCUCCCCUUUUCUCACCUUCACUGGCCCUGCGAGUUUCGCUCGCUGCGAGCCUGCGUGAUGUCGCUGAGGUUUUGUAAAAUGUAUCUGUUGAACUCUACUGCAGGCAAAUAAAGCACGUUUUGUUAGUUGUUAGCAUGGCAUGAAAUAUUGUCAGCGCGAAAUAAAAGCAUUUUUCUUCCA